AGCCAAGUGUUCCUGGAUUUGGAUGAUAUAAAACCAAAGGUCAUAAAGUUAACGGUGCCUCUCAAAGUCAGAGAGUAGUGAGUGACUAUUUUAUCUCAGGUUCCUGCCCCACACCCCCAACCAUUAACAUGCUGUGCAACCUUGAGCCUGUUACUGUCUCUCUCUGAGCCUCAGUGAACUCCACUCUGUAAUGAGGCCCUUCUACUUCAGUGAAUAAAAGGCUGAUGGCUCCAGAAACGCCAGAGUGCCCUCCCUAGUACCAUCUACCCCUCCUGCCUCUCCACCUGACUCUCCUUCCACCCAGCCAUAUGCCCGGGGCUGCUCCAAAGUCAGGGCCAGCCCCAUACCUAUACUCCCCUGCCACUGCAGCUACCAGCGAGCCCAUCAGUGCCUGGAGCAAGAGGACUGGGAGAUGGCUGUGCUAUACUUCUCCCGUGCCCUUCACCUGGAUCCCCAUGUGCCCAGAACCUUCGAAGGGCAUAUUCCUUCCAGCCAGAGAACCCCAAGUACCUGGAGCGGCUGGCUUUUGUGCUCUACAUUCAGAGUUGCAAGCAGCAUUGACUGACCCCUGUCCCCAGGGCCAGUGCUUAUACGAGCAAUGCGAUUACCUGGACGCCCUGAACAUCUUCUCUCAAGGCUCUACGCUCCAGCCCGACAAACCCUGCUUCCGCUACCGAUGCAUAGCCUGCCUCCUGGCCCUCAAACGGCAUCAAGACUGCCUCUCACUCAUCACCAAGGAGGUGAAGCAGGGCACCACCAAUGCCGACAUCUACAUCCUCCGGGCCAGGCUUUACAACUUCUUCCAGAAGCCCAGGCUCUGCUAUCAGGACCUUCGCAGCGCCUUGCUGCUGGAUCCCAAGAACCUGCAGGCCAAGCUGCUGCUUCAGAUGAUGGUGGACCAGGCCCAGCAGGCCCGCCAGGACGCCGGCAUCCUGGCAGUGCAGGGUCUGCUGCGGCACGCGCUGCAGUGCAUCGACUCCGCCAUCGAGAACAACCCUCUGGACCCCAGCCUCUUCCUCUUCCGAGGUACCAUAUACCGCAGGCUCCAGGAGUUUGACAGGGCCGUGGAGGACUUGCUGAAGGCACUGGACAUGCUGUCUGACGACCAGGAUAAAAUGGUGCAGCAGGCACAGCGCCAGCUGCUGCUGACCUACAACGACUUCGCGGUGCACUGCUACAAGCAGGGCGCCUACCAGGAGGGCGUGCUGCUGCUCAACAAGGCGCUCCGCGACGAGCAGCAGGAGAAGGGCCUCUACAUCAAUCGCGGCGAUUGCUUCUUCCAGCUGGGCAACCUGGCCUUUGCAGAGGCAGACUACAAGCAGGCGCUAGCCCUGAGCCCGCAGGAUGAGGGUGCCAACAUGCGCAUGGGCAUGCUGCAGGAGAAGAUGGGCUUCUGCGAAGAGAAGAGAAGGCAGUUCCAGAAGGCAGAGAACCACUUCUCAGCGGCCAUUCAGCACAACCCCUGUAAGGCCCAGUACUACGUGUACAGGGCCAAGAGUCGACAGCUCCUGCAGGACAUCUUUGGGGCCCGUCAGGAUGUUGCCACUGCCCUGCUCCUGAAUCCCAAGCAACCAAAGCUUCUCCCACUGAUUACCAGCCUCUUCCCGGGCAUGUCAGUGGAGGAAGUGCUUCAAAGCCAGGUGGCCCAACUGGCCAGGCUGCAGCUGAUGCAGAUGGGGAAGAGUGGCCCUCAGGCCAGCAACCUGGAGGGCGUUGUGGGGAUGCUGAGGGAGCGGGAACUGGAGCACGAGAAGGCCAAGGCCCUGCUGCUCUCUUGGAAGUCGGACCAGCUGCUCUUGUCAGACCAGCCUUUGUUUGAGAGCUCCAAAGAGCUGGAGCCCACCCCCCAGGCACUGCAGGUAGAGCUAGCAGAGGCCCCAUCGGCCAAGGAGGAGGAGGAAGCAAAGGAGAAGAAAGAGGACACCCAGGAGCUUGCCUCUCACAAGGUGACAUCCCUGUCAGAAGGCUACCUCGACCAGACCUCCUCAGGUUCCAUCUUCCACUACAGGGUCAAGUCCACCUCAGACUCCACCAUGUCCACCAUCUGCCGGGGAUACAGGAGCAGCCCCACCACCACCACCACACCCUCUGUCUCCUCACCACAGAAGACCCCAUCCUCAGACACUGAGGUCAACGAGGACCACCUGAGCCCUGACCACAGGAAGACCCAAGCUUCCCCAGAGAGAAGGCAGAGGCCCAGCAAGGCUGAGGCCACCCAGGACCAGAUCCAGAGCUCCAGCAAGACCCCAGCUGCCCAAAGUCAAAGGUGCUUCUCCAGAAAGACAGUAGCUAUCCCAGAACAGAGCCAGAAGGCUGGCAGGACAGAGGCCACCCAGGGCCCAAAGCAGAGGCCCAAGACCAAGGGUACCCGGAGGCCAAGGCAGAGACUCAGAAGGACCAAGGCUGCCCGAGACCAGAGCUGGAGACCAGGCAGGGAUGAUGUCCCCCAGGACCAGAGCUGGGGACUGAUCCGAAAUUCCAGCAAGAUCCAGGUUUCCCAGGAUGUCAGCAAAACCAUGGUCACCCAGGACCAGAACGGGACACCUAGUAAGACAGAGGCUGCCCUGAGCGCAACUCAGAGCACGGGCUCCAGCUCCAGCAAGACCUACAGUACCACGGCAUCGAGCACAAGGCCCAGCAAGGCCAGUUCUACCCCCAGCCCCAGCCAGGGUCCCAGCCAGGGCCCCAGCCAGGGCCCCAGCCAGGGCCCCAGCCAGGGCCCCAGCCAGGGCCCCAGCCAGGGCCCCAGCCAGGGUCCCAGCCAGGGCCCCAGCCAGGGCCCCAGCCAGGUUCCCAGCCAGGGCCCCAGCCAGGGUCCCAGCCAGGGCCCCAGUGAGACUGAAGCUGCUGAGGUCACGGUCACCGUGCUGCUCCCUGAGGAAGCUCAGUGAAACCCUUGCUUCUCGCUGGAGCAGGGACGAUUCUGCCCUCACAGGCACCUGAGGCUGAGUCCUUCCAAAGCAAAAGGAACCUCGACCAGCGUUCCUUUAGUCCAUGGCUACGUUUAUUAUACUUCUUCUCUUCUUUUAAAAAAUUAAAAACGUGUAAAUCCAG